AUGCAGCAAACUGUCAGACUUAUUGCAGUCAUCGUCGUCGUCGCAGGACAUGGCGGUUCAGGGCAAGAAGUCGUGGAUAAACCGGCACCCUUUCCGACCGUAAAGGCCGUAAAGGUACCGUUGACGGCCGUAUGGAAUACGUCUUGUCCAGUGGUACAGCAACCGUAUCUGUCGACGGUUGCCGUACAAACCGUCUAUGACGGCGACGGCGUGCAGCCCUAUUUCGACGUCUGUUUAGGUCGCACUUGGAGCAAACUUGCACUUACUACUCACGCUAUGGCAGCCCGCAACGCAAUCAAGCUCGAGUUGCCCAUGGAGGUGAAAGCAUUUAAAUUCACGUUUGAGUGCAGAACACCAGGUCCCAUAACCGUUGAAAUAUCUAUCGGAAAGCCUCUCCAGCAGCUAAGCUCACAAGCUGGUAUUGUAGAGGGUCCCGACACCAGCGACACGCACACCGAGACGCCGGGAGUGCUUGAUGAUUGGUUAAAGGCCCAGAAAACUCAAUAUCAAUCAUUUUUAUCGGACGUUGUCAAGGGAGGUCCUCUGGUACUGGACGAUAGUGUGACAGGACCUGAAUCGGAGCUGACUGCUGAAGAUAUUUUUCUCAGUUGUAUUCGUUUGUGUCGCUGA